AUGCAGUUGGUAAAUGAUGAAGAAGGAAGCGGCUCGAUGGAGAGGACUAAUGUCAUGCCAUCCCAAGACUUCGUUCAGCCGACUCCAGAUUGGUGCAACCAGAAAAUCUUCCAACGCAAUCGUCUACCACCUCGUUCCUACUACAUCCCGGACACGUCGGUCUGUUUGAACGGGAAAUGGUCUUUCAGUUACUCCCGAAGUCCUCAGCAGGCGCCUGACUGUAAAACAUUCAGCACCAAAUCUCCCUUUGAUCUUAAAAGACAGGAGGUUUCCUGGGCACCCAUCGAUGUUCCGGGCCAUUGGCAAUUGCAGGGCUAUGGCAGACCUCACUAUACAAAUGUCGUUUAUCCCUUCCCCGUCUGUCCGCCCGCAGCGCCAACCGAGAAUCCCACUGGCACCUACUGUCGAAGUUUCGACCUACCCUCCACGUUCGACGAAAACGACCAGCUCAGAUUGAGGUUUGACGGAGUCGACAGUGCAUUCUAUGUGUGGCUGAAUGGGGUAGAGAUCGGCUAUGCUCAGGGGAGCAGGAACCCGGCAGAAUUCGAUGUCACGAAACACGUGGUCAGAGGCAAGCCCAAUCAUAUCCUGGUCAAAGUCCUUCAAUGGUGCUCCGGAAGCUAUAUUGAAGAUCAAGACCAAUGGUGGCUUUCCGGUAUCUUUCGCGAUGUGCACCUAAUAGCGCUUCCGGGUCGGACACGAAUCGACGAUUUCUUCAUCAGGACGCAUCUCGACGAAAAGUACGAGGACGCGAUAUUGGAUACUGACCUUGACCUGGUCUUGGAAGACGACUGCUUCUUAUCUUUGACACUUAGGGAUGCCAAAGGUGGGACCAUUAAAAAGGAGGAGGCUAUUCCCCUCUCUUCGGAAUCCGCAAAAUGUUCGCAUUCGAUGAGCGUCCCAAAUCCACGCAAAUGGACUGCAGAGACACCUUAUUUAUACAGUCUAGAAAUGUGCCUUUCCUCGGCCAAGCAGACUCGGAUUCAUUCUGUCUGCCACGCUGUCGGUUUUCGCUCAGUUGAGCUUAAAAAUGGCAACAUCUGCGUCAACGGGAAAGCCAUUCUAUUCCAGGGCUCGAACCGCCAUGACAACCACCCACACCUAGGCCGUGCAGUGUCACUCGACUGGGUACGUCGCGAUCUCCUGCUCAUGAAGAAGCAUAAUAUCAAUGCGGUGCGCUGUUCCCACUACCCCUCUCACCCCAGCCUACCUGGUCUCUGUGACGAGCUCGGCUUGUGGGUUAUUGACGAAGCAGAUCUCGAAUGCCACGGUUUCGCUACCGCGGCAGCUUCGGGGCUCGACCUUGAUGGUCUAAGCUACGAGGAAAAAGUACAACGUACAUCCAAAGAUGCAGCAGAUUACACCUCUGACAACGUAGAGUGGGAGUCUGCCUAUCUCGACCGUGCACAUCAGUUGGUUGAACGGGACAAAAACCAUCCAAGUGUCAUUAUCUGGUCGCUGGGCAAUGAAGCGUUCUACGGCCGCAACCAUGCUGCCAUGUCCAAGUGGGCGAAGGAACGCGAUCCGGGCCGCCUGAUACAUUACGAGCCGGACUGGCAAGCCAAGUCGACUGACAUGAUAUCACAUAUGUACACGUCUCCGGCCGACUUGAAGAGAGAGGCUGAGUCCGAAGGCGACGAAUUCGAGAAACCUAUCAUCCUCUGUGAGUAUGCUCAUGCAAUGGGCAAUGGCCCGGGGCUUUUGGACACAUAUCGCUCCCUCUUCCGCUCGUACAGACGGCUCCAAGGAGGAUUUAUCUGGGAAUGGGCGAACCACGGGCUCUGGAAAGAGGAAGCCAACGGCCAAAAAUACUAUGCUUAUGGUGGCGACUUUGGGGAUGUGCCAAACGAUGGCACUUUUGUUAUGGAUGGGCUAUGCCACAGUGAUCAUACGCCCACGCGAGGCUUGUUAGAGUUGAGAAAGAUAUACGAGCCAAUCGAGGCUAUGCUUGACGGAAAGGAUCUUCUUGUCCGAAACCAUUACGAUUUUAUUGGAUUGGAUCAUGUCAGGGCUGAGUACGAUGUUCAAGAUUGUGACCAAAGGUCUAAACUCGUUGCGGCCGGAGUCCUGGCCAUUCCUCCAAUCCCGCCCGGGAAGCAAGGGAGAAUCCCUCUGCCAGAAGAAGUCUUCAAACACAAGACUCCUCACGAAUGCUGCCUCACGGUUGCCUUCCGGCUGAAAAAGGAGACACAAUGGGCAAAGGCUGGCCAUGUGGUAGCCUGGUAUCAGGCUCAACUGACCACGGCCGCUGCAAAUCCCACGUCAUCUGUCACCAGCAUUCUCUCCUCCAGACACGGAGGCAACAGAGCGACACCUCCAUCUCUUCUACCUUCUAACACUUCAUUACUCAGGUUUUCCACAACCAGGCUGGAAUACAAAAUCUCCAGCUCAUCGACCACCAUAAGUUUCGACCGGGUCCGCGGCCAAAUCUCCUCGUUCGCCCACAACUCCAACCAGCUCUUGUCCGACACACGCACUGAGAGCCACAACCCGGCCUCUCCUUCCCCUCUAUUCUCUCUGGACUUUUGGCGACCACCCACGGAUAAUGAUAUGGCAUGGCAGACGGGCGAAUGGAAAAGAUACGGUCUCCAUAUGAUGACAAGUCGGUUGAAGAGUUUCAAGGCGAGUGUGCAUUCGGGCCGAGCUUCCUCGAAACAGGACAACACAGAUUCGGCAGACGGGACCGUAGAGGUUUCGGUGGUGACUUUGAAGGCCGAGCAUGCGCUCUCUCCGCCGAGUCUGGCCUGGCAUUUCGAUGCUGUUACCACCUACACUAUCAAUGCCACUUCGGUUGCCGGAUCUAGCAGCAGCAACCACAACAGUGCCUCUGUCCCAGGCAUGGAGCCUCAGCUGACGAUACAAAUCCACACGCGCCUUAUCCCGGUUGGCUCGCACCCACGCAACCUCCCGCGAGUCGGGCAUUCCAUCCAACUGGCCCCACAAUACAAGUAUGUCAAAUGGUUCGGCCGCGGGCCGUCCGAAUCUUACAAUGACAAGUGUCUCUCACAGCAAGUGGGGAUCUGGGAACGCAGGAUCGAAGACAUGGCGGAACACUAUGAGGUGCCACAAGAGAAUGGCAAUCGAUGCGGUGUUCGAUGGUGCACAGUCUCUGCGGCCGCUUCAGAGGAUGCCGAUUCCACCACGGUUGUCGAAGAUAGUGAUGACAGAGACGGCAGAUGCGGCAUCACUGACGGAAAAAUGAGGGAAGUUCUACCGAGCGGCUUGCCCAUCCUUCGCGCGACGUAUCUCCCCAGCACGUCCGAGCAGGAUCGUCCACAUAUGCAAUUUUCCACUCAACUCUACGACGCGGUCACGGCCGAGAAUGCCAAGCACCCAUGCGACCUGCUGGAGCCGGGCAAGAGGAGGAACGGCGCCCUCUGGCGGCUCGACGCAGACGUCGCAGGAGUUGGAACCGCAGCGUGUGGCCCCAGCACGGAGGAGAAGGAUCAGGUGCUCUGCCGAGAGCGGGAGUGGACAUUGGUUCUGCAGGUGUUGUGA